CUCGUCCCUCCUCCGAGCCCCUGUGCCGCCCCGCCGCCCGCGCGAUGUCCCCCCCAUCCGGCAGCACCCCCUCUUCGGAGCAGGGCGCCGAGGGCCACCCCCCGGCUCGCUUCGUGAUGCACUGCACCCCGAACACGCAUACCACCUACAAGCGCGUCAUCAGCGACUAUCUUUCCGACCUCUGGUCCACGGCCAGCGUCCCCGAGCAGCCGCUCAUGAACGGCGGCGAGAUUGCCGCCGGGUUCCAGGAGGCCACGCUGGCCGACGCGGCGGUGGUAUGGCGCUUCGAGCGGCCGCACCUGGGCCCGCCGACGCGGCAGUCGGCCGGGCGCGGCCCCGGGGUCGGCGGCUUCGCCAACCGCUUCGCCUCGCUGCAAUUCCUGGCCAACAAGACCACCAUGGCCGACUACUUCACAUGGUGCGAGAACAUCGAGAUCGACCUGCUGCUGGCGGCCGGGCGCCUGUCGGCCGGGGAUCUGUCCACGGCCGAGCGCUUCAGCCUCUCCUCGCGGCCGCUGUCGGUGGCGCUGCAGCCGACGACCUUCUGCCUGCCGCGUGAUGCGGCCGCCCUGAGCCGGCACCUGCACUAUGUCACCGGGCCGGAGGAUGCCGAGUCGCCCGGGGCCCCGGCCGCCGGGUCCUUCUCCGAUGCCUACAUCGCCAAGCCGCCGGACGGCUGCGGCGGCGCGGCCAUCACCCUGCUCAAGGCCCAGCGCGGGACCGUCGACCGGGACGCCGGCCAGGAGGCCGACGAGACCCUCCUCCCGCCGUCCAUCAUGUCGCUGGCCAUGUGGGCCGGGCGGGAGAAGCGCCGCCAGCUGGUGGUCCAGCGGUACCUGUCCAACCCGCGCCUGGUGUCCGGGGUGAAGUUCGACCUGCGCGUGUACGUCCUCAUUGCCGAGGUCGGCAGCCAUGACUCCGGGCGCCAGGACUUCGAGACCCGGGUGUGGAUCUACAGCGACGGGCUGGCGCGCUUCUGCACGCGGCUGUACGAGAAGCCGCGCAUCGGCGAUGCCCCGGCCGACGAGGGCACCCCCAACCCGGUGGCCCUGCACGGGUACUCCGACACGGUGUACGUGUCGGUGGCCGACGACGGCCCCUCGCUGGCCACGCACCUGUCCAACUCCAGCCGCGCCCGGCAGGAGGUCAUCAACUGCCGGAGUAUGGCCAACGAGGGGGACGACAUUGCCACCGUGCUGGAGACCAAUGGGCUGGUGGACUUGCACGCGCUCGAGAGCGUCAACCGCGCCCUCGGGGCCGAGGAGGGCAUCCUGCCGAUCGGCACCCGGGCCCUGACCCCCGGCUGCCCGAAGUGCCCGCUGCUGUCGUUGCGGCCGGCCGGCGCGGCGGCCAAGCCGGCCCCCCGGCGGGCCGAGCCCACCCGCGCCUCUGGCGCCCCCGCGGCCGGGGGCUCGCCGACCAGCCCCGGCCAGGCGCCCGGCCUGAUCACCGACCAGCAGUGGCACAGCGUGCAGAGCCUCAUCCUGCGGUCCCUGCGCCGGGCCGGCGAUUACGCCAUCCAGAACGCCAUGGCCCUGCACCCGACGCCGGAUGCCCCGAGCCAGGCGCCCGCCGGCGAGGGGCCGGCCACCGCCGCCGCCGCCGCCGCCGCCGCCGCCGCCGCCUCGGACCCCUGGUGCUGGCUCACGUCGCUCAACAGUGCCGACGGGGCCGGGUCCAAGCGCCGGUGCUAUGAGCUCCUCGGGUUCGACAUCAUGUUCGACGAGAACGACCACCCGUGGAUCCUGGAGGUGAAUGCCUCGCCCUCGCUGUCCAUCGACCUGGAGGGCAGCGACGUGGACCUGCCCUCCUCCUCCGCCGCCGCCGCCGGCGCCUCCUCCUCGACCGGCGCCCGGCCCAAGGUGGACAUCCCCUCGUCGGAUGUGGUGGUCAAGCUGCCCCUGGUCACGGACCUCCUGUCGGUCCUGGAGUAUGAGAUCGGCCGCCGGCCGACCACUGACCGCGCGCCGGCCACCCCACCGCACCCCGGGGAGACGGUCACCUGCUCGUGCUGCGGUCUGACCGACCUGCGCGUCGGCGGGUUCUCCCUCUUCCGCGUGUAGGUGUGCGCACGCUUGCCACCCGUGCCCCCCUCCGGCCAUUCCUUCCUCCGCCCCAUCCCCCUCCCCUCCUCUUCCCUGCCCUCGGGAACGCGCGCCCCCCCUCCUCGGGCAGUUUCUUUUUUCCGCUGGAGGCCGUCGCCCAAGUGCUCGAGGGUUGUUUUCCCUUCCGGUUGCGCAUGCCCCAAAGUAUGGACGCGGGGGUGGCACACCCUGCGCCCGCGGCCUUCUCUCUCUCUCUCUCU